AUGUACGGCGAGAACAGGGGUGUCAUCUUGCUCUUCAGGCUCGGUCUUUUCGUAGGCCUCCUCACCGCCGUCGUAACUGUGAUCUACCUCACGCCUAUACCCGGUGAGUACCCUAGCUAUCUAUGUGUAUCCCUGGUCAGUAUCUGGUCGGGUGACCUCACCCUCUGCCCCGGUCUUAUCUCUUAUCUAACUCUCCUGCUUCGUCAAGAUCUUGAUCGAUGA